ACCUUUUGCUGCUUGUUAUCCGGGCAACGCGGAGACAAAAUCAAGCGCACCGUGGUCGGGAGUCGGGACAACCACGUCACUCACCGGAGACCUGCCACAUACUCGCUAAACAUUAGCCAGCGGUUAGCAUCUGGCUGCCCAGAAAUGUCCAUUUUUCCAGAAAAGGGGGAAGUUUCGCUUUUGUGUUAGUCACGAUGGCACGUGAGGAAACCGGGAUGGAGCCUCACAUCUUCAGCAGACUGAUUCUUGAUUUACAAUUUGAUUGCACCAACAAGUAGAAGACAAUCUGCAUCAUGGGAAGGAUCAGCUUUUCGUGCCUUUUCCCAGCCCCAUGGCAUUUCAGCCUGUCGUCCCAGGUUCUUCCUCGGCUCCUGACACCUUCCCUCCGACAGCUGCUCUUCAUCGGCCUGGUGCUCUGCCUCAUAGGACUGCUCUACCUGCUGCUUGUCACUGGAAAGGGGCAUGCCAGCUGGAUCAGAGAGGAAAAUCACUUCCAUAGGCACUUGGCAAGGGUGACAGAUGUGGACGCAACAGAUACAAGCAACCCCGACCUUAACUAUGGCCUGGUGGUGGACUGUGGCAGCAGUGGCUCCAGGGUAUUUGUGUACUGUUGGCCCCGGCAUAAUGGUAAUCCCCAUGAACUGCUGGAUAUUCGGCAAAUGAGAGAUCAACACCGCAAGCCAGUGGUCAUGAAGAUCAAACCGGGUAUCUCUGAAUUGGCUAAAUCACCUGGGAAAGCUAGUGAUUAUAUCUACCCACUGCUGAGCUUUGCAGCCCAACACAUUCCCAAAAAUAAGCACCAAGAAACACCCUUGUACAUCCUGUGCACAGCCGGAAUGAGAAUCCUUCCUGAAAGUCAACAACAAGCACUUCUUGAGGAUCUGCGAACAGACAUCCCGGUCAACUUCAACUUCCUCUUCUCUGAUUCCCAUGUGGAAGUGAUUUCUGGAAAACAGGAAGGUGUCUAUGCAUGGAUAGGAAUAAACUUUGUCCUCGGAAGGUUUAACCAUGUGCACAAGGACGAUGGGGAAGCUGUAGUGGAGGUUAAUGUCCCUGGCAGUGAUCAGAAGGAGGCGCAGGUGAGGAAAAGGACUGCCGGUGUCUUGGACAUGGGCGGGGUCUCCACACAGAUCGCAUACGAAGUGCCCAAAACUGUAAGCUUUGCUUCUCCACAGCAGGAGGAAGUUGCCAAGAACUUACUGGCAGAGUUCAAUUUAGGGUGUGACGCACAUCGCACCGACCAUGUUUACCGUGUUUAUGUAUCCACCUUCCUGGGUUUUGGAGGAAAUGCAGCGCGCCAAAGAUAUGAGGAGAGUGUCAUCAGAAAUACUGCCACUCGAAACAAGCUGUUAGAUCAGCAUACGGGUGAGACGGCAGAGUCUCCUCUACUCGACCCAUGUCUACCCGAAGAUCUGCAGGAUGAGAUUGGCCCGUCUACAGAGAAGCUCUAUCUGCGAGGCACAGGAGACUUUGAGCAGUGUAGACAGAUCCUCCAGCCGUUCCUCAACCGCACUAAUGAGACCCUAACCUCCCUCAGUGGCAUCUACCAGCCAGCCAUCGACUACAGCAACAGUCAGUUCUACGGCUUCUCCGAGUUCUACUACUGCACGGAGGAUGUGCUGCGCAUGGGCGGGGAUUAUAACGCUUCCAAAUAUGCCAAGGCUGCCAAGAGUUACUGUUCCACCCAGUGGAAGUCUCUGAGGGAACGCUUUGACUCUGGCUUGUACGCCUCACAUGCUGAUCUUCACAGACUGAAGUACCAGUGUUUUAAAUCUGCAUGGAUGUAUGAAGUCUUGCACUCAGGCUUCUCUUUCCCAGCCAAUUAUAAAAGCCUAAAGACUGCUCUAUUGGUCUAUGAUAAGGAGGUCCAAUGGACUCUUGGAGCUAUCCUCUACAGAACCCGGUUUCUGCCUUUGAGGGACAUCCAGCAGGAGAGUCUGAAAGGACUGCACUCUCACUGGCGGCACAGCUUCUCCUUUGUUAACAACCACUACUUAUUCCUUGCUUGUUUCUUCAUUGUGGUGUUGUCUAUCAUGCUGUACUUGCUGCGACUCCGUCGCAUCCAUCGACGCACAGCGCAGCACUGCACCCCUUCCUCUGUACCGUGGAUGGAGGAGGGCCUCGGCUCACCCACAAUCCCUAUCAAUCUCUAAACCUUCUAGAGCGUAAAGUGUUGACCGCAUGUCUGACUUUCCAAAGCUCAUUUUCUCUCUGAGGUCAUUUGCUUGUUCCGUGAGCUUUCGAAGUCGGCUCCCCAGAAAACCCUAUUAGUUGCAACGGAGAUGGUCGUGAGAGUUGGACACGUGAGGAAGAUCUUAUGCGAGUCUUCCGGUUUACCUGAGCCAUGAAAAUAUUUGUGUUUUUAAGUUAUUUUUGUUUAAUAAUGAAGUUCUUUCCUGUUCUUGUCUCCAGGUGUCUUCGAUUAAAUCAUAAAAGACAAACACAGUGGUACUUUGCUCACUCGCAAAUAUCCCAUACCCAAAUGAAUAUGUAGUCUAUACUUUGGAUUACACAAAGUCGGACAUACUGGACACUUGCCUUUCUUUAUGCCUUUUAUGUAUAUGAUCACAUGUUUUUGUUUUUGUAGUUGUUAAAUGGUACAAACACUCGCCCUUUCUACAGGAACCACAAAUGCAAUACGAUUUAUAAUUAGUGGAAGGAGCACUUUGUAAUGCAGUUGAUAUUCACUUCACAGCUGGGACGGUCUGUUUUUUUUUUUUUUUUGUCUUUCCCAAAUUGUUUUGUCUCAACAAGACAAGUAGCCUUUAAUAGCUAUACUAGUGCAAUACAUGUCUUGUCACUGUUGGGAAACUCUCCAAAACAAAUCUUCUUCUUCUGCAGAGAGAAUCUAUCUCUCGUAAAGCCCUGCUGAAAUUCUUGUGUUGGGUCAUCUGACUUUUAAAGUCGGAAACCGUUGCAUAUAUUUACGUUGGGCUUCAUUUUCAGAAGCUGUCAUAUCACUGCUGUGAGGGGAUUGUAAAUGUGAGCUCAUGCCCCAUUAUUUAUAUGAAAAUUCUCUUUAGUGAAAUGUUUGCACAGAUGAAUACAAAAUUAGUGUCACAUUUCAAUUCAGUAAUAAAGGUUUUACGGUA